UAAGCAGCCUCCUGUCAAAACAAAGAAAUAAAAUAGAAAAGAGGUGAAAUUUUAUUUUCGUUUUCUGUUUUACCCUCAAAAGUAAAAAGGCCAAAAUCAGGUAGGAAUCAACGGCAAAACAACGAAUCUCUCCGUUUGGAAGGCAUCCUGGUACCUGUCGGUGUGCUGGCGGCCGUCGCUUGCAUUGCUCGCAUUCCGUGCCCAUAUUCCAAACCAAAAACACAAACAAACUUCCCGUCGUCCCGUACCGAAAGUUAGCAGCAGCAGCAGCAGCAGGAGCCCCCAUAUUCAGCCUCAUCGCAUCGUCAUCGCAUCGGAAAACUCAUCCGUGAAAGGGUGAAGCGCGCGGAGGUUCCGGGAGCAGCAGGAAGAAAGCCACUUUCGUGUUUGGGUAUCGUUCGUUCGCGGAGUACUUUGUUAGUCAGCGUCUUGUUACAAAAAAGCGGAAACAGCCACUCGGUUCAGCUGAUAGGGCGCAGAGUGCUAGUGCUUGGUGGCAUCGUCAUCCGAGAUUCGCUAAAAUCGACAAAGCAAUGGAUCGAAAUAUGGGACGGCAAGGCCCGAUGUCCAUGUCACCGGGGGUGAUGCGAAGACCGGGCGGAAUGUCCAGCAGCAGGGACAUGCAUCAACAGAAUCACUCAUCCUACCAAACACAGCAGAAUCUGGUAUCGGCGACAGCCGGUGGAAUGAUGAACAAUGGGGGCGAUCGCAACGGACCCCCACCACCGUCAUCGGCUGCGUCCAGUUCAAUGAUGCACCCGAUGCACUCGAUGCAGCAAAAUCAUCCACAGCAGCAGCAGCAGCAGCAGCAGCAGCAGCAGCAGCAGCAACAGUUGCACCAACCGCCGACAGCCCAACCGAUCCAACAUUCGCAACAUGACGAGCUCAUUCGAUACAUAAAUGAGGCAUGGAAUAGUAUAACUACCGACAAGAGCCAGAAAGCGCCAGUAUUCUACAAGAGCGUAUCUGAGCCACGAUUGUCCGGAUUCACACCAUUCGAUCUGGAGCGCUGGUGGGGACAGCGGAUGGUGCAUCACCUCAACAUCGGUUCCCACGGACACCAGUGAGCUGCGGGGUGGAAGAAGCAAAGCACGCGCCAGAUCGCUCACCCGGUUCGUGGGCCAUCGCCAUCCACCACCUUUCCAUCUUACAUUUCCGAUUUUUUUUCACAUGUUUAGUACUACCAACCAAGCAGAAGGGAUACCACCAUUAUUAUGUUACCAUCCCGAAAAAAAGAAGUAAAUGUUGCACAGCAUAUUUUGCCGUCUAUCCUUUAGAUUGCUUCACCCUUCUUUUGCGACCAAUAAUCCAUACGCUACACCUUUUUGUUACGUUGAUUUCUUUAAAGAACAGUUUACAGUUUCCUUAAAAGGCUUGCGUUUACGCUCUUGUAUGUAAGCAAAAACGAUGGCUGCACGAUGGAGAACCAUGAACCGGUGGGCCGGCGGGUGAUCGUAGGCAGAUAGGGUAAGCUACGGAGGGUGGAAGAAGAUAAAGAAAGAGCGGGCAGUACGCCAAAUGAUUCGUAUUUGACAGAGGAAUACAAUAUUGCGCAAGCAGCUGGUUGAGCGAUUGAUUGCAACACGCCGAUUGCCAGCGUCGAUGGAGUUUAUUAUAGGCAAAUGCAAUGCAAUUAUUUCCAAACUUCAUUUAACCCAUUGCGGGGAGGCGAAUAGUUCCUCCGAGAUGCAGGUAGUGCGGCGAGAAACACGAUAUAGCACGAAAUGAUCAUUUUGUUUUACUCUGUUUUAUCCUCUAUCCUAGAAGAAUUUGUACUGUCGCCGACAAAAACAAAGCAAAAUCAAUAGACACAACGCCGUUUACAGUUUGCAGAAAACCACACAAAACACAAACAAACGAACAAACAGGAAAUGAUAACGAAACAAAAACCGUGUGUAAUAUGAAUUCCUUCGUAAUUUAAGGUCAGACAGCGAAUGCUUGUUGAACGGCGGCGGGAUUGGCACUGUAAUAAAAUAUCAUUUGAAAAAAGGUGAA